AUGGCUGAUCUGGAUUUCGCUGGCAAGGUUGCCGUUGUCACCGGCGCAGCUGAAGGGCUGGGAAAGAAGUGCGCUGAAGUGCUAGCUUCACGAGGUGCUUCGGUCGUUGUUCACGACGCACAAGUUCGCGCAAAUGAGCUCGCUCGACUAGUCGACGCGAUUACGAAGAAUGGGGGUGCAGCAGUUGCGAACUCCGAUAGCAUCCUCGAGGGCGACAAGAUCAUUCAGAAGGCCGUUGCCACCUACGGAACGGUGCACAUCCUCAUCAACGCCGCCAAUAUCACACACGCUGCGUGGCAGAAAUUCCGCCAGCAAAGCUAUGGGCGGAUCAUAAAUACCUCCUCCGCUGUCGCGCUGUUUGGAGCUACGGGACAAUCCGUCCACUCUGCGUCGAGCCACUCCAAGAUCGCAUUUACCUACACUCUUGCUCGAGAGGGCGCCAAGAAAAACAUACUUGCAAACGUCAUCGUUCUUCCUGGUAUGUCUAGCUACACUGAGACUUAUGUUACUACAUGCCAUCCGAAGCCCUUGCUAACGCCGCCAUCUGGCUUUGGUUAUGCAGAAGAACAAGCCAGUCUUAGUUCCACGGCAACGGCCAUCGCAUACCUUGUUCAUCAAGAUAAUACGAAGGAGAACGGUUUUGUCUUCGAGUUUAGCCGAGGCAAAGCGGCCUCUUUCCAUCGACAGCGAGCUAGAGGCCUGUUGCUUCGCGCCGACGCAACUUUGACUCCAGGAUCGAUACUACAGCGCUGGCACGAAGUUAGCGAUUUUGGCCUUUCAGAGUAUCCAUCAGGUCCGAACAAAUUCCUGGAGCUCCAAAAGGAAGGGCUCAAACUACCACCCAAUGACAAAGGCGUUCCAAUUUCAUUCCAGGGGACAGCCGUGCUAGUAACCGGAGGGGGGUCUGGGCUUGGAGAAGGGUAUGCCCGUCACUUUGCCUCUCUUGGAGCAUCCGUUAUGAUUAACGAUAUCUCUGAUGCCUCGUCUGUCGUUGACGAUAUCCGACGAUCCGGCGGAACGGCUGCUUGUGUUACCACAUCGGCUGAAGAUGGGAAAAAGAACGUCCAGGCGACUUUGAAUGUUUUUGGCCGCAUUGAUGUAGUGAUUAACAAUGCAGGCAUCAUACGAGACAAAGCAUUCCACAAUAUGACAGAAGACAUGUGGGACAAGGUCUUAUCGGUUCACCUUGGAGCUACAUAUGCGAACUCUCGAGCCGCUUGGCCCUACUUCCUCCGUCAAGGAUACGGACGGAUUAUCAAUACAACCAGCGUGACAGGCAUCUACGGCCAGUUCGGUCAAGCCAACUACGCCGCAGCUAAAUCAGCCAUCAUUGGCCUCACCAACGCUCUAGCCCAGGAGGGAAAUUCUCGAAACAUUCUUGUCAAUGUCAUAGCUCCAAACGCAGGUACCAAUAUGACGAAGAGUAUUCUCAGUGACGAUGUUGCGAAGAUGUUCGAUCCAGCGCACGUCGCACCUCUAUUGACCGCAUUGUGCAGCCAUCUGACUCCUGCAACCGCUACUGGAGGUCUGUACGAGGUGGGAAGUGGGUGGUUUGGACAGACACGCUGGGAGAUGCUGCAUUCUACGACCAAGGCACCCCUCGACACGGCCACAGGAAAAGAAAUCGCCGCCUUGUUGUCAGGUUUAAAGGCAUCCACCAAAGACUAUCCAGUGUCACGCGAAGACCACGCCCGAAUUUUGUCCAGGCAGGCAAACUCAUCAUUGAUCACUCACAAGGACGUGCUUGGCAAUAUCUCCAGGGCCAAAGCUGCCAUAUCCAAGGGCACAAGCUACUCAUACACCCAGCGUGAUUUGAUCUUGUACGCCCUCUCUCUUGGCAUACCUCACACGGACUUGCCACACGUUUUCGAGGGGCAUCAGGACUUUGGCGCUCUGCCCGUAUUCGGACUGAUUCCUUUCUUCAACUCCGAAGCUCCGUACGAGAUGUCAGAUAUCAUGUCGGAAUACGACCAGCGACUCCUGCUCCACGUGGACCAAUAUCUUGAAAUCCACUCCCCAAUCUCGCGCUCGGGUACGUUGACAACAUAUCCGAAGCUCAUUCAGGUCGUGGACAAAGGCAAGGAUGUUUUGGUCGUUCAGGGAUUCACAACAGUAGAUGACAAGAAGUCUAAAAUCUUCUACAAUGAAACCACAGUUCUCGUUCGCGGUGGUGGCGGCUUUGGGGGGGAUAGGCAGCUUCAAGACCGAGGAGCCGCGACAGCCAGAAACCAACCACCUUCGCGAUCACCUGAUCAUGUUGUUGAGGAGAAGACGUCGGAGGGACAAGCGGCGCUCUAUCGCUUGAAUGGGGACCUCAAUCCAUUGCACAUUGAUCCUGAUUUUAGCAAGAAGGGGGGGUUCAAUACUCCCAUUUUGCACGGGCUGUGCACCCUCGGUAUGGCAGGAAAGCAUGUCUAUCAGACGUACGGUUCUUUCAAGGACCUGAAGGGCAAGUUUACGAGUGCCGUGCUGCCGGGUCAAACAUUGAGGACCGAGAUGUGGCGAGAAUCGGGUAAAAUCAUUUUCCAGACAUCUGUUGCGGAAACUGGAAAGAGAGCUUUGAGUGCAGCGGCUGCGACUCUGGAACCGGCUCCGUCUUCUCAUCUUUAG